AUGUAUCUCAGUCUGUUAAGAUCUAUCUCUCUAAGUAUCUUUCUAUCUAUCUAUCUGUUUAUAUCUAUAUGUCCACCUAUUUCAGUUUGUUCAUAUCUAUCUAUCUAUCUAUCUAUCUAUCUAUCUAUCUAUCUAUCUAUCUAUCUAUUCAUUUUAUUACCUUCAUAUUUAUUUAAUUUUUCUUUCCUUAUUUCUUUCUUCCUCACUUUUUUCUAUCCCUCCUUUCUUUCCAUCUUUCUCUUUCUUUCUUUCUUUCUUUUUUUCUUUCUUUCUUUCUUUCUUUGUUUCUGUAUUUUUGUUUCGCUUUCUUUUUUCUUUCAUUCAUUCUUUCUUUCUUUCUUUCAUCUUUCUUUCUUUCUUUCUGUAUUUCUUUAUCUUUCUUUCUUUCUCUCUACUUUCUUUCUCUCUCUUUUCUUUCCUUCAUUCUCUCUCUCUCUCUGUCUUUUUUUCUCUCUUUCCUCCUUUCUUUUUCUUUCUUUCUCUUUUUCAUCCUCUUUUCAUUUCUUUCUUUCUCUUUCGCUCUCUUUCUUUCUCUCUUUCUGUGUCUCUUUCAGUCUAUCUUUCUGUAUUCCUUGUCCUUCUUCUUUCCUCUUCCUUUCUUUCUCUCUGUCUUUCAUUCUUUCUCGCUUUCUUUAUUUUCUUUCUCCCUUUCUUUCUUUCUUUGUUCCUCUUUCUUUCUUUUUCUUUUUUCGCUUUUUUAUAUCUUUGUUUCUCUCUCUCUUUAUUUCUCUCUUCCAUUCUUUCUUCCUCUCUUUUUUCUUUCUGUAUUUCUUUCUCUUUCUUUCUUUCUUUCGUUCUUUAUUUCUUUCUACUUUCUUUCUUUCUCUAUCUUUAUUUCUUUCUCUCUUUCUUUCUUUCCCUCUUUCUUUUUUCUUUCUUUCUCUUUUUCUUUCUUUCUCUCUCUUUCUUUCUACUCUCUUUGUCUCCGUCUUUCUUUCUUUCUUUCUACUCUCUUUGUCUCCGUCUUUCUUUCUUUCUUUCUUUCUUUCUUUCUUUCUUUCGAUUCUUUCUUUAAAAUCCUCUUUCAAUGAAAUAUUCCCUCUCUCUCUCUCUCUCUCUCUCUCUCUCUCUCUCUCUCCGUGUCUCUCUGUCCGUCUCAAAGAUUAUCUAAAAACAAGAUCAUCUUCAAUAGAGUUUUUCUCACUUUUAAAAUUCAUUCUAUCUAUCUAUCUAUCUAUCUAUCUAUCAUACAUACAUACAUACAUACCAGUUCAGAUAUUCACAGCUAGGAAACACAAUGCCUCUUAA